AUGUUAAAUCCCCCAAACUAUGAUGAUUCAUCAGGUUUGGAACAACAAAGUUUUAAAACAAAAUUGAGUUCCUUAUCGUUUAAAUAUGAUAAUAGCCACACCAAUCUCAAGAAUCUAUGUAUUCAACAUGUUCCAUUUUGGAACGAUCUGAACCAUGAAAGUUUAGAGGUCAAAACAAUGAUGAAUGGAGUAACCAACCAAGUACAUAUGGUUACCCUAACUCCUCCUUAUAAAGAUCGGUAUCCCCUUAAAUCAGUAUGUAUUAAAAAAUCAACAACAUAUAAUUCAUUGGCAUUUGAUAAUGAUGUACAAUACAAUGUUGCUAAAUUACUAGGAGAUAAUAAUUUUGGUCCUAAGAUAAUAGGGCGGUUUGGUGACUUUACUAUUCAGGAAUGGGUUGAAGGAGAUGUUAUGGAAAUAGAAUCACUUCGAAACAUAUCAGUUUUAACUGGAAUUGCGUCCUCUUUAGCUAAAUUCCAUAAGAGGGUUACAGAACUUGUUCCGAAAGAAUGGGACAGGACUCCCACGUUCUUAACCAAAAUAUCUUUGUGGUCUCAACAUGUCGAACGAAUCAUCAAAAAACACAACAUGGAUUUUGAUUACAAUGAGAUGACACAGAAUUUUGAACUUUUUAAAAAGAUCCUUACCAAUCAUCUAAAUUCAUCAAAUUCAAUCGCUAAUUCAGUCAUGUUUUGUCACAAUGAUUUGUUUUUUACAAAUAUUCUCGAAUUUAACCAAGGAAUAUACUUCAUCGACUUUGAUUUUGCAGGAUUUAAUUACGUCGGAUGGGAAAUUGCUAGCUUCUUCCGAAUAAUAUAUAUAGUUUAUGAUCCACUUGGCAAAUACCUCUUAUAUCAUAAUACCCCUCCUGUGGAAGAAGAAUUUAAACCAAUUUUCCUUUCAGUGUAUCUUUCUCAGCUUCUUGGAAAAAAUGUUUCACCAUCAGACGAUGUCGUAAAGGAGUUUCUGCAGAGCUUAGAAAUACACAGCUUGGGAGUAUAUUUUUAUUCGACCUAUUUGGGAAUAAUAAUGUAUGAUAAAUUGAACAAUGAAGUAUCGAAGCCAACCACAUUUGAUCACUUUGCAAUAUUUCAAUAUAACCUAUUUAAGAGUCUUCUGAGCAAUUUCUCAGAUAGUAAAAUGUAA